AUGCACACGGCGGGCCUCCAGCCGGAGAAAUGUGGGUUCUCUGUGUGCCCGAAUUUGGACCAUUCCAGGGAGGCGUUUCCGAAUAACAACUUUAGUGGAGGCACCAAAACUAGGUCACAGCGCAGUUGGGGCCGGUGCGCUGUAUACCUUCCAGAGAUUAACUUGUACGAAGAGCUCCAGGACCUCAUGGGUAUCAACACAAUGAAUGGUCUUGGAUUCGUUGCCAGAGGACCAGCGGCUGGUCGGACUUUAGGGUUCUCUGACGUCCCACAAGGGCCAAGUACUAUGCCGUCUAGGCAGACCAGAGGAAAGCAUUGUGUGGCUGAAGUACUUCAGUCGUACGAAAAACGGAGCUGUGAUAUUCCGUUCAACCUGCCGGAAUCGGCCUUCACCGCGGACAAUGCCGCAUCUGGGUUCGCCACGCUCAACGACUUCAAAGAGGCCAAUGUGUGGUAA